AGAUGGCUCUGUUAUCGGCUCAGCCCGGCCGCCACCUGCCGGCUGCACCUCUCGCCGGCACCUCAGCUACCACAGCCCGCAGUCGCCGACGGGACGCCGGUGGGGGCUGUGUGUGCUGUGCGGGGGAGACUCCACCGUCGCGCGCGCGAGUCUCCCGUGCGGCGCGUCCCACGGACCGCGGAGGGGCCGGUGGUGGCAGUGGUGUCGGUGGCGAUGCGAGUCGCUGCCGACGGCUGGUGAGACGACCGAGCGCUGACUCGAGUGUGUGACCAUGAGGAGCGGAGAGGCGAGCGCGCUGCUGUGGACGCUGGCAGUGACCGCGGCGCUGACCGCCGUCCGAGCGCAUAGCGACUGUCCGCCGAGAUGCCUCUGCUUCCGGACGACGGUGCGCUGCAUGUUCCUGGGCCUGAGACAGCUGCCGCAGGUUCCCGAGGCGACUACUAUUCUAGAUUUGCGGUUCAACGAUAUCAGCCACCUGCCGCCGGGCGGGUUCCGGCGGAUGCCCAAUCUCAACACGCUGCUGUUGAACAACAACAAGAUCUCACGGCUUCAUAAAGACACCUUCCUCGGGCUGAAUGAACUCCGAUAUUUAUACAUGUACAAAAAUAGGAUUCGCCACAUAGAUGCUGACGCCUUCCACAACUUGCCGAAACUAGAACAAUUGUACCUGCAUUACAAUUACAUACAGGACAUCGACGCCGAAACGUUCAGCAAUCUGCCCUCCAUAGAGAGAUUAUUCUUACACAAUAACAAGCUGGAGCGGAUACCGUACGGAGCGUUCAGCAAUCUCACCUCGCUCAAACGACUCCGUCUGGACAGUAACGCGCUGAUCUGCGACUGCCGCGUGCUGUGGCUGGCCAACAUGCUGCAGGAACACUCGGCACACUCGCUGGCCAGCGCCACCUGCCAGGAGCCGGCCGAACUACACGGACGGAGCAUCGCAGACAUCAAGGACCAGAUGGUCCACUGUGCGGCGCCCCAUCUAACCGAGGAACCUCGCAACGUGGUCAUCACGUUCGGGAAGACGGCCUACUUCCACUGCGAGGCGGAUGGCGACCCCCAGCCGGACAUUGUGUGGCUCCAAAACAGCAACGAGCUGAGUGCGGACAGCGCCGACGAUGGCUAUCAGAUCCUCUCGGACGGCACGCUGAUGGUGGAGCCGUCGCGGGAGCCGGAGAGCGCCGUGUUCGAGUGCAUGGCCAAGAGUCCGAUGGGCGAGGUCAAGUCGCGACCGGUCAGCGUGCGGUACGUGCCGGUGGCGGGUGAGCCGGACCACGGCACCCCGCCGGCGGCCGUACCGCGCGCUGAGCUGGGCAGGACCGACACGGACCCUCGCACCGCGCACCCCUCCCGACCCGACGAGAGAGAGCGAUACAAGGAAGAGGAGGAAGAGGAGGACAGCCAGACGCGGAGAGAGCGACAGAGCUUCUACGACCACCGCCGGCUGUCGGCGAGCAGGAACCGCGAGGAUAACCGGGUGACCUCGCUGAGACGACCGUUCGUGCCGGCGUCAGUUCCCGGCAGAGCGGGCGCCGACCGCGGCCGGGAGGAGUCCAACGUCGCCACGCAGAGUCGUCCGCGAUUCAUCACACCGCCACGAGACCAGUACGUCGGUCUGGGCGACCUGGCCGAGCUGAGCUGUGUCGUGGACGGGUUCCCGACACCCCAGCUGGUGUGGAUGCGGGCCGGACACCCCAUCACAACCCAGACGCCGCGCUACAGGCUGCGGUUCGCCGCGAGAGAGGCCAACCUGACCAUCAUCAACGUGCAGCCUCAGGACGCCGGAGAGUAUCGCUGUGCGGCGGCCAACCACCUGGGCAGGGUGGAGGCGCCCGCUCAGCUGAUAUUGCAGGCCAUCCCGCGGAUCACGUCCCCGCCGCAGGACCAGGUGGUGCCUGCGGGGGCCAACAUUGAUCUGACGUGCGGCGCCAGCGGGUACCCGGCGCCGGAGGUGGGCUGGCUGCUCAACGGACGACGCAUCCGACACAGCUCCCGGGUGGCCGUACUGGCCGGAGGAGGCGUUCUGCGUAUCACCAACGUACAGUCGGCAGACGCUGGCACAUACACGUGCGAGGCGCGCAACGAGGCCGGCGUGGCGCGGGAGGACGCCGACCUGGACGUCACUGGACGCGCGGGCCCCGUGCUCAGUGAGCGGCCGCCCGUGACGCUGUCGGCCACACGCGGUGAGAGCAUUGCUCUCAUGUGCCGCGCCUCGGGCUCGCCCAUCCCGGAGGUGCAGUGGAGACUGGUCGGAGGAAAUCUGUUCGCCGACGGACGCCACAGCUCGACGGUGGAUGGGACUCUGACUCUGAGAGACCUGACGCCUCGGGACGCCGGUAUAUACGAGUGUAACGUCGACAACGGAGUCGGACACGCCGUGGCCACCACUCACCUCAGCGUCCUGGAGCCGCAGCUGUCGUCCUCGUCUCGUCCGGGAGACCGGUUCGUCAGUCAGGGUGCCGCCGAGGCGACUCGGGACGUCGAGAUCGCGCUGAACCGUACCUUGCAGCAGCUGUUCGCGCAGCCACGACACCACCGGCGCACGCCGCACGAGCUGCUGCAGAUCUUCAGGUUCCCAACGGAUGAGGCUCUGGACCUGGCUCGAGCCGGCGAGAUCUUUGAGCGCGCUCUGGAGCUGGUGAAACGACUCGUCGAGUCCGGAUCGCACUUCAACCUCACCAACUACGCGUACGAGGACCUGCUCUCGGCCGGCCAGGUGGAGCGACUGCGGGACCUCUCCGGCUGCUCUGCGCACCGGCGCCACCUCAACUGCAGCAACCUGUGCUUCCACAGCCGCUACCGCAGCGUGGACGGCACGUGCAACAACCUGCAGCGGCCGCUCUGGGGCGCCUCCCUGACCGGCUUCAGACGGCUGCUGCCGGCAGAGUAUGAGAACGGCUUCAACACGCCCAGAGGUUUUGACAGCGAGACGCGCUACAACGGGUUCCUGUUGCCGAACGCGCGCUCCGUGUCAUCCCGGCUGGCCGCCACAGACACCAUCACUGAAGACGGCGAGUUCAGCGUCAUGUUGAUGCAGUGGGGGCAGUUCAUUGACCACGACAUGGACCACGCGCUGCCCGCCUUCAGCGAGGUCAGCUUCGACGGACAGCACGAGUGUGACAGCACGUGCCGGAACGACCCGCCGUGUUUCAACAUUGCCAUCCCACCGGGCGACCGGCGCGAGGCGCACCACCGCUGUAUGCGCCUGGUACGCAGCUCGGCAGCCUGCGGGUCCGGAUCGACCUCGGUGUUUGGCCACGAGGUGAUGCCCAGGGAGCAGAUCAACGGGCUCUCCAGCUUCAUCGACGGCAGCAUGAUAUACGGUAACACGGAGACGCAGGCGCAUCACCUGCGUAACCACAGCUACCCGACGGGCCGGCUGCGUAACGGCAUCUUCUCGCGGCCCCAUCGGCCGUUCAUGCCGUUCAACGACGGGGUGCCGGUGGACUGUCAGAGGGAUCAGAACGACCGCUCCGAUAUCGGGUGUUUCAUGGCCGGGGAUGUGCGCGCCAACGAGCAACUCGGCCUCUCCGCCAUGCACACGGUCUGGCUGCGCGAGCACAACCGGGUGGCGGACCGUCUGGCCGUGCUGAACCCGCAGUGGCAUGGCGAGGAGCUGUACCAGGAGUCGCGCAGAGUAGUGGCCGCAGAGAUCCAGCACAUCACCUACCAGCACUGGCUGCCGCUCGUGCUCGGACCGCAGGGCAUGGCGCUGAUGGGUCCCUACCGCGGCUACGACCCCUCCGUGGAUCCGAGCAUCGCCAACGCGUUCGCGACCGCCGCGUUCCGUUUCGGUCAUGGUCUGGUGGGUCCGGUGUUGUACCGGCUGAACGAGACGUUCCAGCCGAUCCCAGAGGGGAACCUGCCGCUGCACCGGGCUUUCUUCGCGCCCUGGAGGCUGGUCCAGGAGGGCGGGAUUGACCCCGUCCUCCGUGGGCUGUUCGCUCGGCCGGCCAAGGCAUCGGCGCCCGAUCAACUGCUCAACUCCGAGCUCACUGAGAAGCUAUUCGCUCUGCACCACCGCGUCUCGCUCGACCUGGCUGCCAUGAACAUCCAGCGGGGCCGCGACCACGGCCUGCCGGGCUACAACGCCUGGCGGCGCCACUGCGGGCUCCGGCCGGCCGCCAACUUCGCCGACUUUGCGCGCGAGAUCCGCAGCGCGCGCGCCCGGGACGAGCUGCGCCAGCUGUACGGCCACCCGGACAACGUCGACCUCUGGAUGGGCGGCAUGCUCGAGGACCAUGUGACCGGCUCCAAGAUGGGGCCCACCUUCCUCUGCAUAAUCGCCGACCAGUUCCGCCGGCUGAGGGACGGCGACCGGUUCUGGUACGAAGCUGACGGCGUGUUCACACCGGCCCAGCUGGCGCAGAUUCGGCAGACGAACCUGGCGCGCAUCCUCUGCGACAACGGCGACGCGCUGCGCCAGACGACACGUGACGUGUUCCGCGUGCCGGAGCGACAGUCGCCGCGGAUCAUACAGUGCGAGAGCACGCCUCAGGUGGACCUACGGAUGUGGGUCGACUGCAAGACCUGCAGAGGCGAAGACUGUGUGAGGGACGGCGCUCGCCCGGGGCGCUCUCGCCGCUCUGUCCUGCUCUCGGCGCACAACCACCUCUCUCCGGAGCCGGAGGCGGAGCAGGAGUCGGGAGAGAAACCCGCCCCUACCCCCACCCCCGCCGCUCUGCCUCCUCCGACGGACAUUUACCACGCCGAGGAUGUGACCGAGGAGCGAAUCCAGGGUCUGGAGGAGAUGAUGGAGCGUAUGCACCGCUCGCUGAGCCGCGUGAGGCGCGUGCUGCGCCGCCUGCGCCGCGAUCACCACCAGAGCCGCCGCCAGCAGAGCAGGCGACAUCGGCGCGUCAUCGGACUGCAGGAUGACGGGCCGGGCCGCCGGACCGUCUAGGCGGCGCCGUGUGUCCGGACAGCGGCCUUCAGUCCGCCUGUGAUACUCUACACCCAGUGCCAAACGGCCGGCGAGUCGCCCCGCCGCGCCGAUCGGAGCAGCCUCCACUGCCAGCCAGCCGGCCACGUGCCGCCGCCGCGUCCCCCACGGGCCGCCGCGUGUACACGUGCUGCCACGUGCCCCACGGGCCGCUGCGUGUACACGUGCUGCCACGUGCCUCACGGGCCGCUACGUGUCUACACGUGCCGCCGCGUCCCCCACGGGCCGCCGCGUGUCUACAAGUGCCGCCGCGUCCCCCACGUGUCACCUCGUGCUGCGUGUACUCGCUGAGUGUUGUUUUGCGUCGGAUGCUAACACCGGGCUUCGGCAAGUGACUGAGAAAUAGUCUGUCGGGCGCCCCGAACUGUUUGUUGCUGGUGACCGGUGUUGCCGUCUUGCCGUGUGUGGCUUCGAGCAGUGGCCGCCAGGGGCGCUGUCGGCGCAGUGAUGUGUGCGGCGUUUGUCGAGUGUGCUCCUCUGCUUUGAAGCGCUACAGUUGCGUCUGGCGGUGUGCUCCGCCGGAAAAAAAUGCUUAUGAUACUAAUGUAGAAUUAAUACAUUGAUUUUACACCAGUAAAGA